AUGAAAGUUAGAAUGUUGAGUAGAAAGCAUGACCCAUCGGUUUACUUGUGUCAAUCAUCAGUUCAUUGUCAACAGAAUAUACCUAUUAAGAGAUCAUGGAUGAAGAGGUUGAGGAAAACCAAUAGUACUGCAAAUCUCUUUCAGGAAAAGUUAGAUACAUCUUCAGACAUUAUAAAGAAAACACCAACAAUGUUUAUCAGUUCGGAUGACUGGGGACUCUAUUUGACAGUUUGUUGUGAAUUGCAGCAGAUUAAAAUGUUUCAUGAUUGUUCAACAGCAGAAGCUGUAAAAUUAUUCAUCAGUGGUCGUGGUAGUCACAGUAAGAGUGGUUGUUUAAUACGACUGAUAAGUGCUUUCAAUAGUCUUUAUGCUGAAUACAGUAAGGUAUGUGAUCUCAAUAAAUCUUUGCAAAGGACAGCUCUCGUUGGCACUGAAAACAAAGAAUCUCCUUCCAUUACUUCUUCUUCUUCUUUGCAUUUGAUAAAUAAUUUCAGCGAAUCGUUGACAGACAGAAACACCAAUAAUAACUUAGUCAUUCCCGAAGGACCAACGGAUUUUACGUCAUCAUCUCUGGGUUCGAAUUUGGAUCCAUCAAGCGGUUUCCAGUUAUCUGAUCGCUUUUCUAGAGAAGUUAUGGAAAAUAAAAGGUUAACUUCUUGUGAUGAGGUGAAGAAUAAUGCGUGGAAAUGCAGCUUGAGCAAUUAUCAUGAAAUUAACCCAAAUAAUGGAGACUCAAAUGUAAGUGUCCGCCGAAAAAGUAAUAAAAUAGAUUUCGCUAACCCACCUCCUUCCCCCAAAACACCACCUCUCCAAUCUUCAUUUACUUUAGAUCUAACCGAAACUAAAAGAAAUUCAAAAAACUGUUCAAAUGCUCAUACCAAAAGUAGGUGUUUUAUAUGGCGUCGCAAAAUACCCGCGGAAAGAUCUUGUUCUGAAUCACGAACUAUGGAAAGAGAUACGAUAUGUCAACAUAAUGAUUUCUUUGUAGACAGUCAUUUGUCACCCAGUAAGACCAUAAGUGCUUACUAUGAUAAAAUAUAUCGUAAGGCUACAGAAAAUGCAAUUACAGUUUUUCAACUUUCAACACAUAGAAGAACAGUCGAACACUGUAUACAACUAGCAAACAGAAGCAUUUUACCAAAGAUGAAGCAUAACAACUCAAAUUCAGAGAGUAUACUAUUGAAAACCAUACGUCUACCGAUUGUGCUGGAAUUAGCCAUGCCUAAAAUGCAACGGCAAAUCAAACAAAUUACAAAGUAUUGUCCUUAUUUAGAUAAUCCCCUUGAAAUUAUAGCUGAACUACGAUAUGUUAACUAUGACACAGACGAGUGCAUCGCAUACUUUAAAAAAGUACGGAAACUACGAGACAUAGGCCAAGAAAUGAUAGUGAAUACAUAUUCAUUAAACAGAGGAAUUAAUCAACGUAGGGAGUCCUGUCAACCCACUGAAGACUGUUUAUUAAAUUCAUGUAACUUGAAAGAAUCAGGCAAACUUCGAAUUAACAUGAAUAAGAACAUGCUAUCACUCCUAGUUGAACUUAAAUCAUUUUUAAUCCAAUUAAAAGAAGACAAAAAUAGCACUUUGAGAAAACUAGCUCGUCUGAAAAAUUUCACUCUAAAUAUGACAAAUGAAUUCAUGGAUGCUGUUGAAAAAAAACUGGCUUCCAACACCAGUUUUGUGAAUACUUCAUCAAGUUGUAGAAAUUUUAUGACUUAUGGUAAUAAUAAGUUCAAUGAAAUGACAUCAUGUUCAAAGCUUUCUAAGCUUGUGGAAGAAAACAGAUCACUUCGUAUGACACUCAGAAUGGAAGAAAGUCGACGUAAAGCCGUUUUUAAUAUGAUGCAAGAAUAUUUAGGUAAUGUCAGAGUUUACUGUCGAUGUCGGACUAUCACGCACUCAAUACAGUGUGUUCAAAUUCAUUCUCUAGACACGUUGUCACUUUACGUUGGAAAUAAGAAUAACAUUGAACAUUAUAAAUUUGAGCGUGUAUUUGAUGGUUGUUCCAGUCAAGCAGAAGUGUAUACAGAAUUGAUGCCGUCAGUCUGUUCAUUUCUAGAUGGUUACAAUGUUUGUUUUCUAACUUACGGUGGUGAAGCAAGUGGUAAAACAUAUACUCUUUUAGGCCCGGAAGAUAGCUCCAUUGAAAAUCAGGGUAUCGCUCAACGAGCUCUACAUACAAUUUUGAGAGAGCGUGAUAUCAGACAACCCGAAUGGGAUUUUCAGCUACUGGUUACAGUUAUCGAAAUCUAUAACGACACAGUGACUGAUCUUUUAAGUAUGGAGGUAGGAACACCUGUUCGUGUUGAUAUGAGUCUGGAACAAAUAAAGGAGAAAUUGGAAACAGUUGCCAUUGAAAAUGACUCACACGUGGAUGAACUGUUGAACAUUUGUCGUCAGCGUCGAAAAACGUGUAGUACUGCGCUUAAUCCUCACUCUUCUCGUUCCCACUUACUUAUAUUUGUUCACUUACGGGCAUCCAGUCGGAUCCAUGAAAGUGAAGUUAACAGUGUUCUAGCGUUGUGUGAUCUUGCGGGUUUUGAGGAUAUAAUUAAAGCUGAGACAUCAAGUGACAAAAUAUCUACUAAGGAAGCAGGAUAUAUUAAUAAGUCUCUAACUGCUCUGAAUCGAGUUUUCACGGCACUACGCACACAAGAUCCUAACAGUAUUUCCUACAGGGAUUCAAAGUUAACGCACAUACUAAAACCAUUUUUCACGCAGUCUGGUAAAUGUAUACUUAUUGUAACUAUCAGAACGGACAAAAAUAGUAUCAGUUCGACGCAAAACACUCUUCGGUUUUCCAAGAUAUCACGUGGUGUUAACCUAGGAAGACCAAACAAGAAGUUCAAUUUGGAUAAACUAAUAGACAGUCUUAGAAAUGCAUAA